CAGAGUGAAAUGUUCUGCGAUUGAAUGAGAGAGAGAGACAAGAAGAGGAAACCUUUUUGACUGCCAACAUCUUCUGGACCUGUCUGGAUACACCAGCUAACAGACGACCGGUAUCCCCUGAAGCAGCAGGAGGCAAAAAGCAUGGAGGGGGAGGGGUGAAAAAUAAAACAAAAGGCUAGAGACCAAAUAGCUACCGUCUCUUCUGGCUCUGAAUUUGGUACCGGUAGGUGAGUUCUGGAUCUCUGCUCCUCUAUGUUUUCGCUACAUCUAUUCAUCUGCACUCCUCCAUGUAAAAUCCCAACGGCAGCUACUGUCUGUUACAGCUUUCUCUUCUCUGGCCAUCUGACAGCAUAAUAUAGACAUUAAAACAGGAAAUUAUCUAUCGCUUUUGCCUGACUACCUUCCUGCCUUGGAGAACUCAAAUGGAGAGUCCAAACAUCUGCCAGUCGUUGUCGUCUCCGACAGUUGAACCCAUCUGUCAUCUCCCGGAGCGUAGGCUUCUGUUGCUGGGGGGACAAGGAGCUGGGAAGAGCACCACAGGGAAUGCCAUCCUAGGUGAGGAGGUCUUCCAGACUGGGACAGAGACUGUCCACAGCACCGUUGGCCACGGGGGGGUCUGCGGGAGGCGGAUCACUGUGGUUGACACCCCGGGCUGGAUUAUACCCCGUGACUCAGCGGAUGAUGCCACCGGGGGCCCGCCAGAGCGGGCUAGCGAGGAGGGACCCUGUGUUGGUGCCACCCUCUGUCCCCCAGGGCCCCACGCACUCCUGCUGGUGGUCCCCGUGUCACAGCCCUUCACAGAGGGUCACAGGAAGGCAGCAGAGAAGCAGCUGGGUCAUCUAGGAGGAGGGGCCUGGAGGUCCACCAUGGUGCUCUUCACUGGGGUCGACCAGCUACCUGAGGGGACGUUCGUGGAGGAGUUCAUCGCAGCUGGGGAGCCCCUUCAGUGGCUGGUGGAGAGGUGUGGUAACAGAUACCAUGGCCUGGAUAGUAACACACAGCAGAGUGGGGAUGACAAUACCGUGAACACACAAGUUCAGGAGCUGCUGGAAAAGGUAGAGGAGCAGCUUAAGGACAACCAUGGCUGGUAUUUUGCAGUGAACGAACUGAUUCUGCUAGAGGAGGAGCAGGCAAGGAAGGCGGUGGAAGAGAGGCGGGUGAGAGAGGAGCGGGAGGAGAAGGAGAGGCAGAGGCUGCGGAUGGUCGGAGGGCCUCCCAGAGAGCUGAGGGUCCUCCUGCUGGGCUGGAAAGGAGUGGGAAAAAGUUCUGUAGGGAACACCAUCCUGGGCCGGCGGGACUUUGAGUCAGGGACAGAGACGGUGCAGAGCCUUAGGAGGCAGGCCGAGGUGGCCGGACGCAGGGUCACCAUCGUAGACACUCCCGGCUGGGACUGGUUCUCCGUCAGACGCACCCCCAAACACGUCAGACAGGAGUCGAAGCGAGGGGCCACCCUCCUCCGGCCUGGCCCCCACACCCUUCUCCUGGUGGUGCCCAUCAUCUCCACCCUCACUGCACGCAAGAGGCGGACCCUGGAGGCCCACCUGGAGGGCCUGUUUGGUGAUAGGGCGUGUCUCCACACCAUGGUGCUGUUUAGCUGCGGAGAUUGGCUGGGCCGCACGCCCGUCGAGGAGCACAUUCAGAGGGGAGGGCGGGAGCUCCACAGGUUGUUGGAAUACUGUGGGAACUAUUAUCACGUGGUGGACAGCAAGAUGCCGGGGAAGGACACAAGGAACAUCUCAGAUCUGCUGGACAAAAUAGAGGAAAUGAUCAGAGAGAAUGGUGAUGAGGCCUUCUUGCCAAUACAGAUGGAUGAAGACAGCCCUGGGUCAUCUGAGAACAACAGCCCUGAAGAGGACUGUAGCAGAGGAUGCCAGCUCCAGUAGUGUCAAGGGAGAAAGUAACCAAGAGCUGCUUGCACACUGUAAGGUGGACACGUUCCCACCGCCCAAGCCAAAACAUUUACAUUUCAAAGUGGCUUGGUGUAGAAUUACACUGGAAAUGAAAUGAAAGAACACAUACAAUGGCUUUAGAAAGUAUUCACACCCCUUGACUUUUUCAAAAAAUUGAAUAAGUCAAGGGGUGUGAAUACUUUCUGAAGGCACUGUAUAUGUACUCAAAGUAGUUGGGUCAUUCUUGAAUUGCUGUGGCAUUUGCAUCCCUUGCCUUUGUAACCAUGAAAAACACUAAAAA